AUGAAGUAUCACUGCCUGACCCCAGUCUCUUCCAAAGGAACACAAGAGUCAAAUACGAAUGGUUGGAAAAAGUUCAAAGGUACCACCGAUGUAGAUGAUGAAUCCAAUAUAACAUGGUCAGCUCAUCAUGCGAGCCAGAAACAGACUAGCGAAUGUGAAACCAGCAUCACUUCCUUGCUACUUCUUCUCCGAGAUCAAGCUCACAGUGUUGCCACAAUAAAGCAUGCCAUGAAGAAAGUAAGGGAAGCUGUAGCAUUUCUUAACCCAGGGCAAACUCCCAUCCUGGCAGCUGAUCAACCACUCUAUGCCAUGGCAAAAGAAAUACAGUGGUACUGGCCAGAGGAAUAUGGAGAAGACAAGUUUGUGAUCAUGUUUAGUGGGCUGCACAUUGAGAUGACAGCACUGAAGUCUAUUGGGUCGAUGCUAGCAGAUAGUGGAUGGACAAGUGCACUUGUUGAAGCUGAUGUAGCCUCUUCCAGAACUGCAGAUUCAUUCCUGUUGGCAACCAAUGUCACUAAAACACAUCAAGCACAUCAGGUCACAGCAUGCAGUUUGUUUCAGCUCCUGAAGAAAGUCUACAGUUCGUACCUUGCCGAACAUUCUGAUGGCGAUGAGGAGGCCUCCAGCUUUGUGGAAUGGUGUGAUAGUCGAAAGAAGGAGAGUCCACAGUUCGCAUUUUGGUUCUCUAUCCUGAACAUGGAAUUGACAAUCUUAACACUGGUGUGA